AUGUUUAACCAGCUGAUCUGUGUUAGACAGCCUGGCCCCAAAAUGAGCAGCAAUCUCUCAGGUCUAGAGAAACGGGCAAUAUGCUUUUGUCUGUCCCGAAGUCGUCCCUCCUCGGCCAGCAGUAAUAAAUCAGGUGUGCGUGUGAUCAACCAUCGACCAGCCUCAGCAAAUUCGACAAAAUCCGUUUCAGCUGGGAAACCACCAUUAGAAAGAGGCUAUGUGGAUGUGUACAAUGAGAAAGCCAUUAAUGAGGCACUGCAGAGGCUAGCCCACAGACAACAGGCCCGUCAGUACUCGGCCACUAACAGUACUGUGGGCUUCUCCGAGAUGCCCAGCAAUGUGCCACUGUACCGCAGUAACAGUCAGCAGAGCAUUCGCACGGAGGUGUUCCGCACCCGCUCACUCUCCACGGGGGAUACUUCUACAACUGACAUGCACAAAGUUCAGAGACACACCAAUGACAGGAGCCAUGUCCAUCAGCCUGAUGCCCCGCAGGGAAAAUACAUCACUCUGGAGGAACACAGGAGUUCCUUGCGCCUGCCUUCCAGGCCUCAGGUUCGGGCAGGUAGCCUAAAGACUGCUAAUGCCACCUUCAAUAGCUUUAUAGAGGACAAAGGCCCCUCGUGGCAGAGUGAUCUGGCCUUGGCCUAUAACCAAAUUACAGGGAGCAGUUUAAACCAUUUUGGUGUGGGCAGUCAGGGUAAUCGAUCUUAUAAGGUGGCACAACAACAACAACUUGCCAAGCAGCAGAGAAUGAUGGCACAAAGUAAAGCCCUGUUGGAGUCGAGUAAGGCCAAGCACCUUGCCAUGGUAGCACAGGCUCAUGCAGCCCAGCUCCCAGGGACCCAAGGCCUAAUGGGUAGUCAGGCCAGCCUUAGCUCUGAGACUAGCACCCAGCCGUAUGAACCCAAGCCCCCAACCAGACCGGUCACGGGAAAGAAAGUGAACAAUCACUUUAGGGUAGCUAGGCCGCUGACACUGGAGGUGGGGGCAGGAGGAGACAAGCACAUCAAUCCCGAUACCUUCCAGCUCAGUUCACAUCUUGUCUCGUCUUCCAUAUCAGGUGCCAAAUUGCUGACACAGUGACACAAUCUACUGAACCCAGUCUGGAAUGACAGGCGCAUUAUUGCCACCUAGCCAAGGAGAAUGAAUGCAGGAGACCACUGUGCACUACAUUCGAGUCAUGUUUGACCAAGUACAUCAAGAUGUAACAACUUCUGUCAGGCUUCCUUGUGGUUGUUUCUUGUCCAAUGUACUGUACCAGCGCUAAUCUACAGAGCAGGUUUCAAGCUGCAGAUAACCUGAGCAGUAAAACCUGCCUGUGCAAUGAAGACAUUGCCAGCUGCAGCAUAUAUACUCAUGAUACAUGUAAAUCAGACAUUGGUAUUUGCUGGUACACAAAUUCAUGAGAUCUUCCAAUAUACCACUAUUUGCAGCUGUUAAUAUGAAGAUCAUUGCCUGCUUUGGACAAGCAUUUUAUGAUGUAGCGUACUCAUUAAGAAUAAAGUAGUUAUUCUUUUUCAUGACCAAUCGAAAGGCAUGUGACUUAAUGAACAGAUAUAUAUUUUGCAAAUGGCGUGCUCAUGAGGUUUUAUUUAUGGGAAGAACACUACUUUUUAUGUGUUUGAUGCCUUCCACUCACCUGUUGUUUUUUACAUGCUGGACCAAGGUCUUGGAGUGUUUAUUUGAGCCAUUGACUUGUACAUGCAUUCUGUGAUUCGUCCAUGCCUACCCCCUUGCACUGUGAUACAACUGUGAUCUGAAGAGCAGAUUGUGAUUCAUCUUGUUUUAUCCCAAACUGUUGGGAGCUAGUCCUGCUUGUUUCACUUAUCAAGUUAAAAUGUGACAGAUUUCUUUAAAUGCUGUUGAACUAAAAUAUCAGGGAACUGCUAAAUAAAGUAUUGUGACUAUAAAGACUAUGUAAAUUUUUUUUUUCUGUAAACAAUGUUUAUGAAAUUUGGAAAUUGUUAAUGCUUGGAAAAUAUUAGACAAACGAAUUGAUAAAGAAAUGGGUUUUGGGUUUAUGUAUAAAAUAGGAUAAGAUCACAUUUUUUCAGUACAUGGGUCUGGAAUGAGCUGUUAUUCGUUGAUCACAAUAAAUGGCAUGGGUAGGUGCAUAAGGACAAAGGCAAAUUCAUAGAGGUACACAUACACUACUACACAUGUAAAUUCUGCCCAUCUGGAUGAAAAGAGGAAAGCUCUAUAAACCUAGGAAUAUUUGAGUUUAAAGCUGACAAUAUCUGCUGGCAUUAUUAGAUAAUUUUUAAAUUCUGAUGACAUUUUUGUGUCAUUGCCCAGAAAUCUGUUGUAUUCAGCGUUUGUAUGGUGGUAGAUUAGAACCAUUCAUGCAGUUUGCGCAAUGUUUUGCACCAUAACGGCAGCUUUAUAUGUAAUUUUAUCUGUGAUCAAUAUGCAGGACUUGAUAAAACAUGGGAUUGUUCAUUUUAACUUAUUUCCCCUAUAUGCAUGUACUUUCUUGACCUUAGGUUCAAUAACAUUCAUAUAUCUUUUUCUGUCUUUUGUUUUACUAAUAUGUGAUUUUACAAGCCUUUGUGAAAUGAGUUCCAUGUUUUUUCAAUUGGCAGCUGACAUGCUUCGUGCAUCCUGUUGUAUGCUAUUGUCUGACACUAAUUGAUUUCUCACUUACAUUUCCAUAACAAAGUCAUUUGUGUGAGAAAAUUGGUAUUUAUUAAACGAAUGUACAUGUAUGUAUAUCAUAUACUAUUUUUAUGGAGUAUAUUUCUUAGUUUUUAUUUAACAUCAACAUGCAUGUUUUAAUAUCUUCUAUGUGAUUGAUACUAAUACAAGAAGUAUGGUACAAUUAAGUGGUUUAAAAGGCCAUGUGAAAGAUAUUUCGUCUAUACUUUGAUCUAAAUAGUCCAUUCAAGCCUUAUCUACUUUGAGGAGUUUGUUCAAUAACCUCCGAUAUUUGCUUUCAACUAGUAUUGCCUGUAAUGUAAUUUCUAAUAACAAAUCUGUACAGUCUCCCAGUUGAAUGUUCUGCACCUUCUCUUAAAUAUUUUCUUGACAACAUGUGAUAAGCAUGUGAUUUCUGGGAUAUGUUCUGUCAAAUAGAUAAAAUGACAACAUUUGUUGAUUUUUAGGGAUAAAAUUUUCACAUAUAGUUCAUCUGUAAUAGAUGUUAUAGGAUGAAAGCAUGUGAUAAAUACUGUGAUUUUUCAUGACCUCCAAAUGGAGAUGGAAAAAAAGAAGUGAAUUUGUAUGGUGGUAUUAUAUCCAGGGCUAGAUUGUAUUUGUUCUUAUUGUGUUUUGAAUGGAUACAUUCCCAGUUGUGAUAAAUACAUGUAAUGA